UAAAUAUCCAAAAUAAACAUAGUUUAAUUUACAAAAUAUAUAUUUGAUAGUUAAAUGUUAAAAUCUAACCAUAAAAUCACAAUUAUUAUAUUAUCAAUAUAAAUUCUUCAUAUUUUAUUUUUCUCUAUAUGAUAUAUAUAUAUAUAUAUGUAAUAAUAAUAAGUAUCAAUGUCAAUUGUUAGAAAAAAUCAUAUUUUUUUAUUAGUCAAUCAAAAAAUUAUAUAUAUUUACAAAAAUAAAAUAUUUUUUAUCUUUUUUGAUGUAAUUUUUAAUUCAUAAUUCUAUAAUUUAAAAAUCAAAUCUUAAAACUCUUCUUUUUAACACCUCUUAAAAAAAAAACUUAUCCAAGAACUUAAGCUUAAAACUCAUAAUCCAAAUUUAUAAAAUUAUUAAAUUAAAUAUAAAAGUAAAAAUUCAAAAGUAAUCAGUAAUGGAAAAUCACCAAAACUCUUGAUAUAAAGUAUCCUAAAUCAAUAAUGUUAUGGUUUAUUGGUUUGAAUUUUAGACUAUAGUACGCGUUAUUGGUUUUAAUCUUUGCUAGGGUUUAUAUACUUUAGUUUCUCUGACUGCGAGAUUGCGACGGCCGACGGGCUUGACAAAAGCAAGACAACAAGAUCAACCGAGACUAACUUUUUUGGGGUCUAUUGAAGGGUUUCUUAUACAAUAAUGGAUAGGAUCAGUCCAUUGCCAGAUGAUUUGAUCUUGAAGAUAUUGUCAUUCCCUCGAACAGAAGUUGCUAUAACCACAAGCCUUUUGUCAAAACGUUGGCGUGAUGUUUGGAAACAUGUGCCGAAGCUUGAGUAUUAUGCUCCACGAGCUUCCCCUUUUGUUCAUAACUUUUUGCUAUUACACAAGGCUCCUGUCCUACAAACCAUGCAUGUCAGACUUUCCCAAAAUCAUCGUCCUACAGAUAUUGAAAUCUGGUUUAGAGUUGCAGUUGAACGUGGUGUGCGCAAACUUCGUUUUCACAAUUAUCUAUUCGGUCCAGAGGAGGCCAUACGGUUGCCUGGGAGUCUGUAUACAUGUCAAACCCUUGUGAGUUUAACCCUGUUUUCAGCUGUCAUUGUGGAUGUUCCUUUGACAAUUUGUUUCCCGUCACUCAAGGCUUUGAGGCUUAGACAUGUGGAAUUUUCAAACGAUGAAAUCGUUCCUAGGAUUCUAUCUGGUUGCCCUGUUCUUGAAGACCUAGCUAUAACUAGAGUAAACAAUGGAAACAUGAAAACCUUCACAAUCAUGAUUCCUUCAUUGCUGAGAUUAGCAGUUUGGGACUUGAAAUCUGGUUCUCAAGUUCCAGGAGAUGAUAUUGGGUUAGUGAUCACAGCUCCUUCUUUAACGUCGCUAACUGUUGUCAGCCAAGUAAGUUGUUCACUAGUGAAUAUGCCAAGCCUCGUGAAGGCUAACAUCAAGCUUUCUUCACCUGGUGAUUCUAAGAAGCUUCUACAAUUUCUUACCUCAGCUAAACACCUUUCCUUAUGUGCAAUACCAUCAACGUUUUCAUAUCCUAUUGGCGUCUUCUAUCAUCUCGUGUCUCUAGUACUAUGUACAUGCUGUUCAGUUUGGUUCUGUCUUAUACUCCGACAAACCCCUAAACUCAGAGUUCUCAGAUUCCAACCAAUUGAGAGAUGUUUCGAUUAUGUUCAGAUUCAGUGGGAGCAAACAAGUUCUGUUCCUCAAUGUUUGAUCUCGAGUCUGAAAACUGUUGAGUGGAUUGAUUACCAAGGAAGAGAAUCAGAGAAAAAAACGGUGAUGUAUUUCUUAAAGAACUCCACACAGCUAAAGAAAGUGUGUAUUAGAUCCUUAGCAUCCAUCAAUUUAAACGAGAAACACAAGAUGCUGCUAGAAUUGGCGUCUGCGCAGCGGAUUUCUAGCGAGUGUCGGCUUUUGUUUACCUGAUGUUACGUUGGAUCUCAGAGAUCUACAACUAGCUUCGUUUUUGUUCUUUCUUGGAGUGUCAUUGCCUCAUUGGUUAGUGGUUACAUUGUUUUCGUUAACUUUACAAGUUUGGAUAAGCAUUGAGUGGAAGGACUUUAUUGUGAUCAAUAUAUGCGACUCGCAUGUUAUUAAUUACUCCUCAAGUACUUCCAGCGGCGGAUGCAGACCAUUUAUUUGAUGGGGGCACAUAAUUAAAAUAUAUUAAAUUAAUUCAUAUAAAUUUAAUAAAAUUAUAGUUAAAAAAUAUUGUAAACAAUUAAUCAUUAAUAAUUAACUAAAAAGUACAAGAAAAUAAUAAACUUUAAUUUUUGUUCAACUCAGAAAAGAUUUUAUAAAAUAAUUUUAUAAUUUUUUUACAAAUCUAACUAAUCAAAAUAACAUAAUAUGACAAUUAAAAUUUAUUUGAAUAUAUAUAUAUAUAUAGGCUUCAAAUUUACACAUAUAUAACAGCAUAUCAUUAUCUACUUAUAAUUAAUUAAUCAUCAUAUCAACUAAACUCUAAAGUAUUAAAUAAAAAUGAAUGGAUUAAUUAGGUUUUUUAUUAGCUAUUGCUAAUGUCUAUUAUUAAAGAAUGGACUUAAAAAUGUGCUAUAAAGUUGAAAUAUAAAAAUUAAAAAUAAAUUAUAAUAGAAAGAAUUAUCAAAACACAAAUAAAGAAAGACAAAUACAUAUGCUAACACAAAAAAAGAAAUAUUAAAAAUAAGACAAAAGGUAGGAAAAAUCUCAUUAAAUAAUUGAUGUGAAGAAAGAUACUGUAAUAGUAGACGUGUCAAAAAAACGCUUAAUUGUACACCAAGAGAUAAAAGUAAAACGAGGGAAAAGAAGCAACGUGAUUGCUUCGAACCUAUAAGAACUCAACGUAACAGAGAGCAUCUGUACCAAUUGUUCCACGAAAAUAAAUAGUACCUUAUUAACUAAUUAAAUAUAAAAAGUAGUGGGGGCACGUGCCCCCGUUCCUGGUAGGAUCAUGAGAAUGCAAACUCUCUUUCAGAAUUUCAACGUUAACUAUGGCUGAUGCUAAACAAUUGAAUUUGAACAAUCCUCUUCAAAGAAAUGUCACAACUUCUCGUCAAUGCUUCGGUUUGUUUUCUAAACAUUUUUAUGAUAAAAAGUGAAAGCUAUUCAUGCUGAACACUCCUUCGCAAUUUCUCAUCUUUUCUUCUUUCUAUUUCUGUAUUCAACAACAUAUACACACAUUA